UUCCUUCAAGCUGGUCAUUGCAAUGCCAUGGUUGCUCGAGGUCGGUGUCUUUGAAUCUCAACCACCAGAUGCUUUCUUCUCCACCGGAUCACUUUUUCUUGAAGCCGGUCAUCGCAACCAACUGAACCUUGACACUUUCUAGAAAGAAUAUCAUCAAAGAUCCAUCACCAUGAACUCUGCUCUCCGUAACACCGCUCGUGUGGCCAUGACCACUGGCCAACGCCGCUGCCUUUCUUCUUCUACUCCCGAGCAUGCCUUUGUCAAGAUGCGUCAAGCUGAAAGCAGCAAGUCUUUCGCCCAAACCUGGAUGAGCGAUCCUGCCACCUACCCCAUCAUUGGCGUUCUUGGCAUUGCCUGUGGCAUGUGCGCUGGGGUUGGAUCCUACUACUUGAUGGCGUGCAAGGAUGUGCAAAUCAACCCUGCCAAGCGCGGCGAUGUCAUUCGCACCUGGGGACAGAACAAGAACCGUUUCGGACACGGAAACAACUAAGAAGACAAAGAGAGUGUGACUAGAUUCUGUUGGUGAAUGGAAAGCAGCAGUGGAUGGUGGAGUGUAUGAGGAGGUAUGAUGAUUGCAUCAUGGAGAUUCGAUUCUGUUCGAUUGAAUCAAUUGGAUUCACUUGGGUGUGGUUCCCUGCCGUGUGGCUUCCAACACAUGACAAGCCACCUAGCUAGCUGUAGCCGUCGGGAGUGGUAAUCCUUGCUGUGCAGCAGUGGAAUACGUACUACUAGCUAGAAUGAUUCAAUCUCCUGGCUAGAUGACUUGCAAUAU